AUGUUAAAGACGAGUACUUCAUCAAAAGUGAUUCAAUCAUCACUUGGUUUACACACAAAGCUCCGAAGCAAUAGCUCCGUUAUGAAUCAACAAUUAUCAAGUCAUCAAAAUAUUCGAUUUUCAUCAUUGUCUACCACAUCAACGAGCAGCAAUAGUAGUACCUCGUCUUCAUCCACUUUACCACCGAAAUACGAUGUGGAAGAAACGUUAAAGGCCCAAAAAAUAAUUUAUGAACGAUUGAAACAAGACCAAUCACAAGCCUUGACCUAUGCCCAGAAAAUUCUAAAAGCCCACAUUUAUGACUACGAAAAAGCAAAGGAUCUUGUUGCUAAAUCAUUUAAUGCCAGUACCAAGGAUAGUUAUCUACCAUUUCGUCCAGAUCGAGUUGCUUUGCAAGAUGCAAGUGCUCAAACAGCCAUUUUACAAUUUUUGACUACAGGAUUACCCAAGACACAAACUCCAACAACUGUUCAUUGCGAUCACUUAAUUGUUGGUGAAGGAUCAUUGGAGAGUAGUACCAUAUCUCAGAAAAAGGAAACUCUUGCAAAAAAAGAUGUUGAAAAAGCCUUUGAAGAGAGUGGUGAAGUGUUUAAUUUCCUAGAAUCUGCAUCUCAGGCGUUAGGAUUAGGUUUCUGGAAUCCAGGUUCAGGAAUUAUUCAUCAAAUUGUUUUAGAAAACUAUGCUUUUCCUGGAGGAAUGAUGGUCGGAUGUGAUAGCCAUACACCCAACGCUGGAGGCUUGGGAAUGAUUGCGAUUGGUGUUGGUGGUGCUGAUGCCGUAGAUGUCAUGAGCGCCAUUCCUUGGGAAUUAAAACGUCCCAAGAUUCUGGGUGUCAAAUUGACUGGAACAUUGAAUGAAUGGACCAGUGCUAAAGAUGUGAUUUUAAAGUUAACUGGAAUGUUGACCGUGAAGGGUGGUACUGGAUACAUUAUUGAAUAUUUCGGUGAAGGUGUGCAUUCGUUAUCAUGUACAGGUAUGGCCACUAUUUGUAAUAUGGGUGCUGAGGUUGGUGCAACCACUUCCAUAUUUCCCUAUACUAGAGCCAUGUCAAGAUAUUUGAGAGCAACCAAUCGUGCAUCCAUUGCGGAUCAGGCAGAUGAAUAUGCAGACUAUUUGAAGGCAGAUGAAGGUGCAACAUACGAUCAAGUGAUUGAAAUCAACUUGAAUGAAUUGGAACCAAUGAUUAAUGGUCCAGCUACUCCUGAUCGUUCAUUCUCUCUUUCUCAAUUUGCAGAACAAGUCAAAGUGCAUGAAUAUGCUCCUGAACUAUCUGCAGCAUUGAUUGGCUCUUGUACCAAUAGUUCCUAUCAAGAUUUAACAAGUGCUGCCUCUAUUGCAAAACAAGCUCUUGCACAUGGCUUGAAGAGCAAAUCUCAACUCUUUAUCAGUCCAGGAUCAGAACAAAUAUUUGCAACCAUGAAGAGAGAUGGUUUGUUAGAAAUAUUUGAACAAGUUGGUGCUAAAAUUUUAGCAAAUGCUUGUGGACCUUGUAUUGGUCAAUGGAAUAGAACCGACCAUAAAGGAAAGAAGAAUUCCAUUGUUUCAUCUUUUAAUAGAAACUUCACAGGCAGAAACGAUGGAAAUUUAUUGACCUCUCACUUUUUAACUUCUCCCAUGUUGGUCAUGUCCAUGGCCUUUGCUGGUAGAAUUGAUUUUAAUCCACUCACUGAUUCUUUGAUUGGUUCAGAUGGAAAGGAAUUCAAAUUCACUUCUCCUCAAAGCGAAGAGUUACCAUCAAGAGGAUUUGAAAGAUCUUCACUGAACUUGUCACCAUAUUUGGAACCACUUCCUUUACAAGAACGUAAAAAAGUAACCAUCAACAUUGACCCGAAGAGUGAUCGACUGCAGUUCUUAAAACCUUUCGAGGCAUGGAACAAGAACGACUUUAUUGAUCUACCAGUUCUCAUUAAGGUUGCAGGAAAAUGUACGACUGACCACAUUUCACCUGCAGGUAAAUGGUUGAACUAUAAGGGUCAUUUAGAAAAUAUUAGUAACUGUACUCUUAUUGGAGCUAUGAAUGCCAUGAACAACAAGAUUAAUUGUGUCAAGAAUAUCUUCACAGGAAAAGAAGAUACUGUUCCUGAAGUUGCAAAACAGUACCAAAGAGAACACAAAACAUCUUGGAUUGUGAUUGGAGAAGAAAAUUAUGGAGAAGGCAGUGCAAGAGAACAUGCAGCUCUUCAACCUCGAUUCCUUGGUUGCAAGGCAAUCAUUACAAAGAGCUUUGCGCGUAUUCACGAAACAAAUUUGAAAAAGCAAGGUAUUUUACCUUUAACUUUUGUAAAUCCAUCGGAUUAUGAUCUUAUUAAUCCUGAGACUGAUAUCAUUUCCAUUACUGGAGUAACAACUUUGUCACCAAACUCAAAAUUAACUUUAACAGUUAAAGGAAAACCACAAAUUCAAAUUCCACUACAACACACGAUGAAUGAAACACAAAUUGAGUGGUUUAAGGCAGGCAGUGCCAUCAAUUGGAUACGAAGAAAGAAUGAAGAUUUGUUGCAUGACAGUUGUUAA